GGCUACUCCCCCUCCAACUAUAAGAUACAACUCACUCGAGAUACUAUUUCAUUAAGCGCAAAAACAUUUCAACGGCUAAGCGUACAGAUCCGAAUGCACAUGAAACGAUGAAUCUGGGAUAUAAUGUCGUGUUCUUCUUAUCAAUUGCCCUAUAUGACUCAGGUAAGGUUGUUGUAUUCGUAAAAAUAACAUUGCACAGUCCACUCUAACACAGACAGUGUCAUUUGUAGCAUAUUUACAUAUUCAUCGGAUGAACGCAGUGAUUUAAAUUGCCACUGUUGCUGAUGUGGCUCAUUUGUACUAAACAGCUCAAGUUCCAUCGAAAUGUGGUCCGCCGUCGUCCUAUCCACACACGCAAGUCGAUGACAUAUACCUAAAACCGAAAAAUGGUAGAUUCAGCCAUGGAUAUAAAGUCGUCUACAGAUGCGCGGAGGGCUACACUCCGAACAGUCGCAUUCGCUCUAUCAAGUGUGAAGCUGGAAAAUGGACACAACUAAACAUGAAGUGUGAAAGUAAGUAAUUGCCUACAGCUAAGCGUUUAGAUCAGUAUAUAUUGUUAUUGUGCAUAACACUGGUUCAAUGAAUGUCAUGUCAUCAUAUCAUUAUGGUUGUAACAGUCUCUGGGAUGAGAUUGUUGUGGCAAGGAGAUGUCAUUUGACACUUACAUUUACUGGGGCCUUAUGGUGGUUGCAAAGAGAGAACAUUUGGGAAUAACAUUUAUAUUCAAUCCAGUCAUUGAGGACUGCAGUGUGCCUGUCUUAGUGCUUUUUGGCACAAAAACUUCCCUGUGGUUAUUUAUGUUGAGUUUGGCACAGUAUCUCAACCUGGAUUCAUUCCCUGACUGCCUUGCUGUUUUCUAAUGUGUACCCUCCUCCUCUCUUCAGAGAAGAACUGUGGAUCUGCUGGGGAGUUAUUCAAUGGGUACUUUAAAUAUAUGGGGGCCUUGUUCGGGGACAAGGCAUAUGCAGUGUGCAAUGAGGGGUAAGUAAGUGUCUUGAAUGUAGUGAAAUAGGGCUAUAGCCUGAGCUUUUUCAUAAUCUCUGUGAUAUUUGCACAGGUUUACACUGAAGGGGAUGGAAUACAGAAUAUGUAAGGACUCUGGCUGGAGUGGAGAGAUUCCCACUUGUGAAGGUAUGUACCGUUCAAUGAUCAAUCGUAAAGUAAUAUGCAGCAAUAAGGUCUGGCCCUUUCUAAGUAGGACAUAACAUGCAUCCUAAUCAAUUUAGUAGGUUCUGCUGUAUGAAAUACCAGACUGGCAUGCCCUGUACUUGUCUAGGAGAUUGUAGGCACGACACGCCAAGGUCCUGUUGUUGAGACUUGACCAUGUUGGCCUUGGACAUUCAGUCCGUAAUUGUCCCAUCCUUACAAAAGCAUUAUAAUGUAAUGUAAACAAAUGUUCCUUUAGGCUACCACAGCAUGGAUAGUAAUGUCCUAUCUAAUGUACUGUAAGGGUGAUUUCUCACCAAACUAGAACAAAACAAGACCAUUAUUUUUUUUGAUUUUCACAAAAGUUAAUCCAUAGAAGGUUCCUUUGGAGGAAGGAUUGUUGACAUAUUUGCCAAUUGUAUCUUAAAGCAUAACUGAGAAAUAAUAAAUUGAAGUUGGAAUAUUUGUGACAUUUUGGCCUAACCCAGGCCUCCUUUAAAUGGGCAAUCUGCUGCUACAUCAUUUUUUAAAACGUAUAAAUGAAUUAUAUGUACCCAUUGAAUCUUAUAGAAUAUAACUUAUAAAUGCCGCAUAGGCUUAGUUCAACUGUCUUGCCCCAUCAGAACCCAAAAGAUAAGCUUGUUUUACUCCAAUGUUUGUAAACAAAGUAAAUGUAAACAAACACUAUGUAGCCUUAUUACAUGGUUAAAACUAUCAUGUUGAUAUCAUGGAUGGUCAGUCCUUGCAUCCAUAGCUCUGUCUAUGAAUUUGAGAGUGCUUACAUUUCUCCAGCCCCAUCCCUCAGCUUUUUACCGAAACAGGGCCGGGAAAAACGCUUUGUUAUUGCUUCAACUGCUUAUUACUGCUUUAAGACUCCACAAUGUUUUAUCUGUAGGUACUACAAAGUAAACAUUGGUGUCAUAUGAAUAUCAAUAUAUUGUUGAACAUAAUAAACUCUAUGGGCAUAUCAAAGUUCCAGAGUGGGAUCUCUGCUACUUUUAGAGUUAUGAUCAAGGGGCCAGCGUUCUUGUCUAGAAGCACAGUUUUGACUGCGCCUACAGUUUUGCUUUGGUACUGCAGUUUGUGACGCCUGGCCCAGAAAGACCGUUUCAUAAAUGGCCACAUAGAGAAGUGAGAUAUGAAAAUUCCUAAUAAGACACUUUAGUCAUCACCUUUGUGCACAAAACAUCCAUUGAAUUAUUCAAAUAAUUUCCACUCAGGCAGAUUAAAAAAAAAUAUAUAUAUCAUAGACGAAGAUAUUAACAUUUUAUAUUCAUCCAAGGUCUGCCAUGUUUUUGGAUGACGUGAUGACGUCGUCGCUGCUCCCUGUGCGCACUGAGUGCUAAUGCGCAUGUGAUGUUGGUCAGUAUAAACCGGAUGCAACCCGGAUAUAGACGGUUCAUGAAUUGGAACUUGAGUAGAUUACCUUGAAAACAACGGUCGGACAUCUUUGACGCAGUUUCUAGUUCUUAUUAUACCUUAGUGGUUAUGAUCCAAUUUGUAAGCAUUACCAACAUAGUGAAUGUGAAAUUGGAUUCAAAAUGGUCGCCCUCUGCUGGUAAUUUACAGGAUGUGCAGUGAUACAAGUAAAACUAGGGCUUCAAUUGGUUACAUUGCCUACUAUGCCAAUUUCUCUGUAUAAAAUGGGCCGUAACUUUCAAACUAGCAGAGAUCCUACUCUGGAACUUUGAUAUGCCUGUAGAGUAUAUUAUGUUCAACAAUAUAUUUUUUAAAAUGUAGCCAACUAAAAAAUGUUAUUUUCAAUAUUCAUGUUUAUAUUUUAAAACAUUUGUAAAUUAAUGCAAGGAAAUUGUUAUUGAAAUGAAAUUACUACUCAUAUUACAGAGCAAAUGGUAAAUCUUCAUAUGACAUCAAUUUCUAGCUUUCUAGCGUUUACAGAUGAAACAUUAUGGCAUCUUAAAGGAGGCCUGGGUAAGGCCAAAAAGUCACAAAUGUUCCAACUUCAAUUAGUUAUUUCUCAAUUAUGCUUUAAGAUACAAAUGUGAAAUAUAUGUCAACAAUCCUUCCUCCAAAGGACCCCUCUAUGGAUGACAUUUUGUGAAAAUCGCCCAAAUCAUAGUCACCCGUAAUGUUGUUGUGCUUUUUACCAAAGCAUGAGGUCAUUGUCUCAAUGGAGGCAUCUGUUUUUCCUCUUUAUCUCCAAGAUGAGGCACACAUUUUUUUCAUGUCAUUAUAGAUGCAAGAAUGAAUUGAACAAAACCACAGUAACAUUUGAAAUGUCAUCAUUCUAGAGGGAGGUGAACCACAAGUGGUUCCAGCAGAAGUGACCUGCCCGGCUCCUUCAGUGGCCAACGGUGUGAAGUUGAGUGAGACUGUCUCAGUGUACAGGGUCAGAGACUCAGUGACCUUGGCCUGCUCCGAGGGUUUCCUCCUGACUGGAGCCCAGCAGCUCACCUGUGGACCAGACGGUCAGUGGCAGCCCCAGCUCCCACGAUGUCUGCCCUCUGUCAGAGGUGAGGUCCAUCCUGGUUUGAAUAACACAUUGACUCAGUAGGGGUGCCCAACAUCUCUUAAGGGUUCCCAAAGUUGAAAUCUUUUCACUUUUCUGGGGUGUCCGGCCCAUAAUCAUUGCUGUGGGUGCCUUGAUAUGUUAUGGGUGUGCCUAGUCCUUGUAAUUCCAACUCCCACUCUAUGGAGACAUUGCUGUGUCUGUUGCAUAGUCUUUUGAAACUCUAAUUAUCAUUCUUCAGUGAUGAUUUGUAUGGAGUGCUCUGUAAUGAUAGGGCAUGGCCGUCUGCCACAGAGAGACACCAAACUUCUAUGAGCUAUGUUCUUUUUUCUUUUUCUAGAGAUCACUUGCAAUGCCCCCAAGGCACAGGAACAGAGGUUGAUCAACGGGUUGAAGCCAGUUUAUAGAUCUGGAGAUUCUUUGUCUUUUUCCUGCAAGGACCUUUAUUAUUUGAAUGGAUCAAUCACUGUUACAUGUGGGGUUAAAGGAAAAUGGACUCCUUCUAUUCCACAGUGCACACGUAAGUAUCUUGACAUGAUUAGGACAACUGCUAUACAGACUCCGUGUCAAAUGUGUUGUAACUCUGUUUUAACCUGCUUCUAUCUUUUUUACCGAUGUAGUGAUCAAGUGCCCUAUAUUAAACAUAACAAAUGGUAGGCCAUCCAGCAAGCACAGAAGACCUGGAUCAAAUGUAAUCAUAUCCUGCUCUAAAGGAAACCAGCUAAAAGGUGCUGCCCUCAUAACAUGUUCAAGAUCUGGGGAAUGGAUGGAGGAGAUUCCACAAUGUGUGUCAGGUAAAGGAUCUCUAGUUUUCGAAGGCUUGAAUGUACUGUAAGCCUAGUCUCUUUGUCCCUUUAUAAUAGCCUAUGCAUCUUUCCUAUGAUAAUUUAAAACACUGACAUUUUAAACUAAAAUCCCAGCCGACUGGUUCAGCAUUGGCAUCUCCACAUACCAUUCAUAUUUUUGAUUGAUGUACAGUAUUAGUAAAUCUAUCAAGGUCACAUUUGGUUGUUAUUUGAAAGGUUUUGUCAUGUCAUAAAUGUCUCAAUCCAGAGGGAAGACAGGCUCAAACUGUGGUUCCAGCAGAAGUGACUUGCCCUGCUCCUUCAGUGGCCAACGGUGUGAAGUUGAGUGAGGUCUCAGUGUACAGGGUCAAAGACUCAGUGACCUUGGCCUGCUCCGAGGGCUUCCUCCUGACUGGAGCCCAGCAGCUCACCUGUGGACCAGACGGCCAGUGGCAGCCCAAGCUUCCACUUUGUCAGCCCUCUAAUGAUGUAAUUGAAAUCCCCAAGCCUGAUGGUAAACACAACACCAGCCAAGAUCUGUCUCUAUGAUCAUUGAAAUAUAUAAUAAAUGUUAUGAUGCAUUGGUUUUAUACCAGAUGUGAUUUCUAUCUAUUGUCAAAAUGGUCCAUAUCCCUUUCCUGUAGGCAGAUGUGGAGUGCCACCGUACCUCUCCAACGCACACAUUUCUGACAGCUUUAGAGCACAGACAUAUUUUGGUCCUGGUGACCGGGUCAGUUACAGUUGUGCCUUGGGAUAUGUGAGAACAAGAGGCCCUAACCAUAGUACCUGCAUCAGUGGGAGGUGGACACCAGUAACUCUGAGAUGUGAACGUAAGAAACCAUAGGAAGUAGUAUUAAUGAUGUGCCAGAAUAUAUGAAAGUAUAUGUACAGUUAGUUACUCUACACAUACUUUUCAUAUAUUCUGGCACAUCAUUAAUACUUCUUCCUAUGUACUACAGUAUUUAAAGUACAUUCAACAAAAAUGCAACUGCGCUGUCUCAGGCAGCACGUUCAGGAGGUUGCACUUGUCUUGUUUAAGCAUUAGGUGGCAGCAGAGCCAUAGAUUAUUUAUAAUAUAUCACUCUGGAGUGAAUGUUUGUGUGUUUUGUGCCUUCUAAAAAAAAUUAAUUUAAUGAAAGUUUCUUGUCCAAAGGCAAAUUAUGUGGAUCGGCUGGAGAGAUCUCUUUUGGUCAAUUUGUCUAUACCGGUGCAGAGUUUGGAGAUAAAGCCACAGGGGUUUGUGAUGAGGGGUAAGUUCUAUUCUGCUAGUAUGUCUAUUUGCUCUCGAGGCUACUCUCAUAAUUGUUGCAGUGUACAAAUAAAAUGAUGCUUUGUCAGAUGAAAUCACUUUUUGUACCCAUUAUUACACCAGGUAUCAACUGGUUGGACAUGAUGUAAGAAAUUGCAUGAAUGAUGGCUGGGAUGGGCGUGUUCCUGUCUGUGAAGGUAGGCUGUCACAUUUAUUUUUUAGAUAGGCUACUGCACCACACAGUAUUACACCUGGGUCAUAGGUAAAUUGCUUUAGGUAGCUUUGCUUUAGUUUAUAACAUCCCUGAACUUCCAGUUCUGUCGCCAUAAUCGUAAAACAAUUUUUAUAAUGUUAAUUGUGUGUGUGUUUCAGCUGUGCAGUGUGCUGAACUUCCUGAGGUGGUAAAUGGAGUGACAAAUGGCCGUUUGGAACCACCUUACGUUUUCAGUACUGUGAUUGGCUAUCGGUGUCGCGUAGGUAAACUGAUUGGAGCGAGUGAGAUCUACUGUACCAAAGAUGGGACAUGGAGUGCGCCACCUCCAGAGUGCAAAGGUGCCAAUAGCUGUUCAACUCUAUAGCUUCUAUAGCUGCACUAUUUUGCUAUGUUUUUAUUCCCUUUAGCAAACUAUGAACAUCCCUUAAGUGUUGAGAACUUGGCCCUGAGAGUAAUAUUAAGGAACAAACCCCUCAACCCCUUUAAAACCAAUAGAAUAAAAGCAUAUGUUGACAUUUUAAUCUCUGUUCACAGACAUUAAAUGUCCCUAUCCCAGAGUACAAUAUGCCCGAAGGACAAGAGGAAUUAGAAUGCCACUUGAGUUUGGUGACUCUGUGACAUUUGUCUGUGAUAGAGACAUGGUGAUGAAUGGAUCAGGCACCGUCACAUGCAGCCUGGAUGGGACAUGGUCUCCUGCCCUUCCCACAUGUGAAUGUGAGUAAUUCUGAAGGUUCUAUUCACUGACAAUAUAACCCUUUGUAGGCUUGGCUUAUACAUAACUGGAGUGCAUUGUAUAAAAUUGUCUCAUUUUUUUCUUUUUUUACAGAUUGGCAGCGCUGAAGGUCUGCUACCAUUGAUCAUUAUACUGAAUGUUGCUAAAUCAACCAUUUUACCAUAUACUUUACCAUAAUAAAUUAAUAUCCUAAUGACUGUUUUCUUUAAAUACCCCUUAUGUCUUCUGGAAUCAUGUUAUUAAACCCC